CGUAGAUAGACAGGAUGUUGUUGCCAACGCAGAAUGCCAGUGAUAUAAAUGAGGGGUUGAAAGGACUUACAAAAACUAGCGGAUCAGAACAAGAUGAAACAAGAAAACAUGGCGAUUGAAAAAGACAAAACAGGAGGAGAAAAAUGGGCACGAAGACAGCCCCCAAUGGCCGCUGAGCGAGUGUCCGUCAAUCGGUCAGUCUGGUGUCGUUGGUCGUCGUCGUCGUCGUCGUCAGUGUCGACGCCGCAGAAAGGCGGAUGA